AGGAGAUCCACAUGGGGCGCUGUCGUCACAACAUCGUGGUUAUUUAGCUUUUAAAGUGAUUUUAUGAUUAACAUUAACAUUAAAUGAAAUGAACUCUCUGUGGUCUUAAGGUUAAGGAUGGAUAAAUACAAGGAACCGGUAAUAACAGACUGCGAAGAGCUACUUGGACGUUUUCAGGCGACAGAGUCUGUUCGGUUCGAGCAGUUUUUAGCGAUCUGGAAAGACAUUGAUUUCAGUAGCAUCUUCCACGGCAACCAAGAACCGAAAGAGAGAAGGGACUUCGCACGUUUGGUGCUGUCUGUGGUGUCUCCAUACCUCUUUCCUCCGUACACCUUCCAGAUCAGAGUGGGGGGCCUUUAUCUGCUCUACGGGCUCUUUAACACACAGCUCUGCACUCCUAAAGAAAAGAUCCGCAUUGCUCUAAAGGAUUGGCAGGAUGUUAUGCAGCUCCAGCAGGAUGCAGUGAAUGCUCAACAUUAUGAUGUGGUUUAUAUCCUCAAAAACCUCCUGUCAGAUAAAGCUUUCCACUUCACGGCCAUGCCAACACCGCUCUUUUUUAGGAUGAAGAAGGAAGAUGGAAGGGGAAGGAAAUUCUGUGAAGAGUUUUUUGAUCCACCAUCACGAACUCAGGAUCUCGUCACCACAGACGUGAUAGAGGAACUUGCCAAUGUCCACGACCAUUAUGAAAAUCUGAAGAAAGCUGUUUUCACAGAACCAGACCCAAAUCUCAACCUUGUCCAACAAAACCUGGUUCCCAAACUAAAAUGUGCCCUUCUCACCCAAUCCAACUGGCAGAAGAAUCAUGCAGAAUUUGAGCAGGAGGAUGCUGGAGAGGGACCUUCAAAUCAAGAAAGUUCCCGCAGAGCCCAGCUGUUAGCGUCAAUCAAAUCCAAAUCAUAUGGACAGGUUAUGGAGGCCUCCAAGUCCCGACGUCACAGACAAGCACAGUUGGUCACAGCAGCUGAUGCAGACCAUACACAAAAAACAUCACCAAAAAAUAGUAAAAUCCAAUCACUUAAAAAGCGUACCCAAAUACGCUUGAAGAUUCAAGAAAACAAGAGUGUGGGGUUGACGAAUGCGACACGGCUGUGGUGUUUGAGUGCAGUGAAAGAAGAGAGUGCCGCAGGGAGAAAGAAGAAAAAAUUCAACUGGAACGCUAAGAAAGAGAGUGACGCCACGUAGCAUAAAACAUCACACACUGGGCAGGCCAUGACUGGUGGGCUGCCAAUCACUUCUGAGAUGUUGGUGUGAUUUUUGCCUGGAUCUACAGUUUCAGGCAUUUAUUUAAUUUGUUUUUUGUAAUUGAAUGCAUAACCUCAGGUUUGCUACUCUUGAGUGAAUGUGAGUACUUGUUAUCAGUUCAUUAAGCUGUUACUGCACAUUUUUACAUGUUAUUAAGGUUGCUGUUUCUAAUAUUUUAAUGAAUAUUUUGCAUUAAAACAUUAUACAGUUGAAGUCAGAAGUUUAAAUAGACUUGGGUUGAAGUUAUUAACUUUUUAACCACUCCACAGAUUUAAUAUUAGCAAACUAUAAUUUUGGCAAGUCAUUUAGGACAUCUACUUUGUGCAUGAAAUGAGUAAUGUUUCCAACAAUUGUUUAAAGACAGAUUGUUUCACUAUUAAUUGACUAUAUCACAAUUCCAGUGGGUCAGAAGUUUACAUACACUAAGUUAACUGUGCCUUUAAGCAGCUUGGGAAAAUUCCAGAAAAUGAUGUCAAGCCUUUAGACAAUUAGCAAAUUAGUUUCUGAUAGGAGGUGUGCUGAAUUGGGGGUGUACCUGUGGAUGUAUUUUAACGCCAACCUUCAACUCAGUGCCUCUUUGCUUGACAUCAUGGGAAAAUCAAAAGAAAUCAGCCAAGACCUCAGGAAAAAAAAAAUUGUGGACUUCCACAAGUCUGGUUCAUCCUUUGGAGCAAUUUCCAAAUGCCUGAAGGUACCACGUUCAUCUGUACAAACAAUAGUACACAAGUAUAAACACCAUGGGACCACGCGGCCAUCAUACUGCUCAGGAAGGAGACACAUUCUGUCUCCUAGAGAUGAACAUAGUUUGGUGUGAAAAGUGCAAAUCAAUCCCAGAACAACAGCAAAGGACCUUGUGAAGAUGCUGGAGGAAACAGGUAGACAAGUAUCUAUAUCCACAGUAAAACAAGUCCUAAAUCAACAUAACCUGAGAGGGUGUUCAGCAAGGAAGCCACUACUCCAAAACCGCUAUAAAAAAUGGGGACAAAGAUCUUAUUUUUGGAGAAAUGUCCUCUGGUCUAACAAAACAAAUAGUGAAUCGUUUAGUCAUAAUUACCAUCAUUAUGUUUGGAGGAAAAAGGGUGUGGCUUGCAAGCAUGAGGGUGGCAGCAUCAUGUUGUGGAGGUGCUUUGCUGCAGGAGGGACUGGUGCAAUUCACAAAAUAGAAGGCAUCAUGAGGAAGGAAAAUGAUGUGGAUAUAUUGAAGCAAAAUCUCAAGACAUUAGCCAGGAAGUUAAAGCUCGAUCGCAAAUGGAUCUUCCAAAAUGGACAAUGACCCCAAGCAUACCUCCAAAUUUGUGGCAAAAUGGAUUAAGGACAACAAAGUCAAGGUAUUGGAGUGGCCAUCACAAAGCCCUGACCUCAGUCCGAUAGAAAAUUUGUAGGCAGAACUGAAAAAGUGUGCAAGCAAGGAGGCCUAUAAACCUGACUCAAUUACACUAGUUCUGUCUGGAGGAAUGGGCCAACAUUCCAGCAACUUAUUGUGAGAAGCUUGUGGAAGGCUACCCAAAACGUUUGACCCAAGUUAAACAAUUUAAAGGCAAUGCUACCAAAUACUAAUAAAGUGUAUGUAAACUUCUGACCAACAGGGAAUGUGAUGAAAGGAAUAAAAGCUGAAAUAAUAAUUCUCUCAUUAUUCUGACAUUUCACAUUCUUAAAAUGAAGUAGUGAUCCUAACUGACCUAAGACGGGGAAUGUUUUCUACGAUUAAAUGCCAGGAAUUUAGUUUAAAUGUAUUUGGCAAAGGUGUAUAACUUCUGACUUCAGCUGUACAUCUGCAAGAUAGUUAAUGCUAUUUAACUUUUUUAAUUUUAGAUUUUUCACAUUUGUAACCAAUAAAAAAAAUUGCAGUCUUUGUAAGCUGCAUAAUACAUAAAAUGGUAAUAUUGGAUUCCCACAGUUAUGGAAAACCUGGAAAUAUCAGCAAAUUUUACAAUUGUGAAUUUAAGUGUAAUAACUGUAAUAUCUAUUACACACAUACAAUCACCGGCCACUUUAUUAGGUACACCUGUAUAUCUGCUUAUUCAUGCGAUUAUCUAAUCAGCCAAUCAUGUGGUAGCAGUGUAAUGUAUAAAAUCAAGCAGAUAUGGGUCAGGAGCUUUUCAAAAUGGGGGAAAAAUGUGAUCUCUGUGGUAUGAUUGUUGGUUCUAGACAGACUUGUUUUGUGUAUUUCUGUAAUUGCUGAUCUCUUGAGAUUUUCACGCACAACAGUCUCUAGAGUGUAAAAAGAAUGGUGCGAAAAACAAAAACCCAAAUAAACACGAGUUAUAACAGUGCUAUGCAGAAAAGCAUUUCUGAACGUACAACACGUCGUACAUUGAGGUGGAUAGGCUACAGCAGCCGAAGAUCCCUUCCGGCUACUGUCAGCUUAGAGCAGGAAACUGAGGCUACAGUGGGCACAGGCUCACCAAAACUGGACAGUAGACGAUUGGAAAUGCGUCACCUGGUCUGACAAAUCUGGAUUUCUGUUGAGGUACACAAAUGGUAGGCCCACUGCAGCCUCAGUUUUGAUGUUCUUGGCUGACAGAAGUGGAACCCAAUGUGGUCUUCUGCUGUUGUAGUCCAUCUGCUUCAAGGUCCGACAUGUUGUGCAUUUCUGAGAUGAUAUUCUGCUCACUACAAUUGUACAGAGCGGUUAUCUGAAUUACUGUAGCCUUUGUCAGCUCGAACCAAUCUGGCCAUUCUCCGUUGAUCUCUCUCAUUAACAAGGUGUUUUUGUCCACAGAACUGCUGCUCACUGGUUGUUUUUUGUUUUCCGCACCAUUAAACAAACACUCCCAGGAGAUCAGCAGUUACAGAAAUACUCAAGCCAGCCUGUCUGGAACCAAAAAUCAUGUCACGGUCUAAAUCACUGAGAUUUUGUAUUUUAUUUAUUUUUUUUAUUUUUUUUUACCUCCGUAUUUUGAUGGUUGAACAUUAACUGAAGCUCCUGACCCAUAUAUGCAUUAUUUUAUACAUUACAUCACAUGAAUAAGUAGAUGUACAGGUGUGUGUGUGUGUAUGUGUAUAUGUAUUUACACACACACAGCAUCCCUGUGUAAGGGUUUUCCUGGCCAAUUUUCUUUUUUGUUUUUUUAUUGUACAGUUUUUUUUUUUUUUUUUUUGUUUUUUUUUUAUAUCUUGAUGUAUUUUUUUUUUUUUUUUUUUUUUAAUAGCUUGUUUAAAGAUUAC